CAAUCACCGACUUCGGAGGAGAAUGGGUGGCAGGCAAACCCUCGGUCCAUUCAUCUCGCACUUCCUCUGCAAUCCACCUUGAUCUCCUAUCAUCUCAUCCUACUCAGCAUCCUACCACCAUCAUCACCAACGUCGUCCUCACAACCUCCACCCUCACCACCACCGCCCUCGUCCCUCCAUCCUUUCCGCAUCACCCACAUCACCAUCGCGCAUACACUGCCCUACCCUGCAAAAUCCUUUACACGACGGCGCUUUCUUCACGCAUUGCACGCCUGCCUAGGCACUUCCUCACGCCUACCACACAUCCAGGCUACCCGCAAAGAGACUUGCACACAAAUCACAUCUCACCGCCAUGGUUCUCCUCCGGCGGAAAGAGGUGGAGAUGGUCCCGCCCCCCGAUCCAUCCGAGUUCGAGCCGGGAGAGGAUCCAGAAGUUUGGUACAUGGCAUCCACUGGCGAGAUCUUCCUCGACUACGAAACAUAUGCCCAGCGCCUCUCGUUCUACAAUCAGCAAGUUUUCCAGGAUGAGCUGACAGGCAAGCUCAACCUCACCUUCUUUCAGGCCAUCCACUCCGAGAGGGAAGAGGCAAUGAAGCUCCACCAGAGAUUCCCAGAGUCGCUCAAGGGGCCCGUGCUUAGCGCCGUGCAGUUCCAUAUCACCGGUAGACUGGAUGAGCUCAUCGAUGUCGUAUUCGACCGCUUCAAGGAGAGGUACUUCACCGACGAGGCAGUCUUUGUUGACUUGCAAGGAGACAAAUACUAUGCACGCGUAAUGGAUAUAUUCCCACCUCGAUCUCUCAUGCGACACCACGUCCAGCUGGCAGAGAAGACAAGCGCUAAGAUUGGCAUCGUACAAGCACCACCCCUUGCCCAAAAUAUUGUACACAAAGUAGGCAUUGACUUGUACACGGAUGCUGAAAGCGCAGCCACAAUAGAUGAUCCAGGAGACUACAUCUACAGCGUCCAACUCAUCGAUGAAGGAGGUCAAUUUACCGGCAGUCUCAUGGAGGCGCGUAGCAAACAGCUCAGCCGCGACCGUCUGACUUUCUCCAAGACGAUUCUCAAGAAGUACUUGCGCGAAGCCGUGGUUCGCGAUAGUACAGUAGCCAGCCCGUGGAUUGUCAAGCCCGCUCUUGCAAAGCGAUACGGCAUUCCUACUGCGCCUAAUCAAGCGACUCUACAGAAAAAUAGCGUCAUCAAGGACCAGAAGCUCUCCAAGCGGAGGGCAGCAUUCAACGAAGAACUGGCCAAGCGCAAGAAAGUAGACGAAGAUGUCACGCCUUCCGCACCCGUACUGAAAAAGCGCAAGACCAAGGCGGAGAAGGAAGCAGAUACCAAAAAGGAAGAAAGCGAGGCAGAAGAAGAGCAACCCAAGGAAAAGAAGAAGCCCAUCAAGUUCCCAAUUGAAGAUCUCGAGGUCGAUCCCGCCUCGGAGCGCGAGCUCAAGGCAAAGAUCGCCGGCGAGGAGCCGAGGAGACGCGAUCGGCCGGCUCCUUCCAAGGAGCUCGGCAUCUCUCUCACCAUCUUUGAGCCUCUCAUGGUGACCUAUCACUUCCUGCAUGCCUUUGGCAAACCUCUGAUGCUCGCCCCUUUCACACUAGACGACUACGAAGCCGCACUACAGCACAACACAUCUGAUCCAUGCCCGCUCGUCACAGAGAUCCAUGCUUCACUAAUCAACAUCAUCGUUCGAGACGGCCCUGGAAUCGCAAAGGACGGGUCUACAGCGGCUACGACUUCCAAGGGCGGACAGACCAAUGGACGAGCUAGCAAAGACAGAAGCCUGUCUCCAGAAGAGGAAGAUGAGGACGAAGAGAGCGGCGAUGAGCUGGAAGACUCCAGAGAGGGCUCUGCCGAGUCGGACGAGGAAGAGGAGGACGAGCAGAAUGCCGAUGACUCGGAUGUGCAAGAGUCAGAGUCAGAAGUCAUCAAGACCGCCAUCAGUGCAGGACGAGGCUGGGAUAAGAAGACGCUGAAGCUGGAAGACGGCAGAGCUGGCUGGGAGAACUCUCUGUUGGGUCUGCUAGCGAAGCGGGCCCAGCCUGAUCUGAUGCCAAGGAUGAUGGGCAUUCUGUCACACCUGACAGGCAAGGAACAUCCAGACGGCCUAAUCGACGGAGUCUUUGUUGGUGAGACCUACUUCACAGCCAAGGAGCGCCUGCCUGUCAUGCCCGUGACGGACAAGCUGGCCGUCAUCCACUUCCUCUGCGAUCUGGCAGUCAUGACAAAGGCGAUCAAGAACUUCUUUGACGAAUGUGAGGCUACGCUCACCGAGUUGAGAAAGGAGAGAGUUGAGCUUAGUCGACAGAGAAAGAAGCUCAUCGAGGAACGCAAUGCGGAAGAGAAGCGCCAGGAGGCGGAAGCAAAUGGCGAGAAUGGCACAGGGGAGCAGGCUGGCGAAGCGGGUGGUGCUGGCUCGAAGACGUCGUCAACGAGCGACAUGACGCCCCCUCCUGAGGAUGGGGAGGAUGGAGACGAAGAUGAGGAGGAAGAAGAUGAGUUGCAGACCUCUCCCGAACCUGAGGACAACGCAGCUUCGGAUGCUGAGUCCGUUGCAGCAUCAGCAAGCAACUCGCGCCGCGCUCUUCCAUCUCGCCAAGAGGCUCUGCGGGAGAAGACGCUUCAACGCAAGGCUGAGGAAGCUGCCAGGCAGGCAGAGCGCGCUCGGAUGCUCCAAGAGCAAAAGGCCAAGAAUGCCGAGAGCAAGCGGUUGCUAGCCGAGCGGAUUCGCAUGGAGAGCGAAGAGGAGCGGAUAAGCGCUCGAGAGGAGGCCAUCGAUCUCGAAUUCAGACGCUGCUUCCUUGCCCCUCGCCUGCGGCCCCUCGGCAAAGAUCGCUUCCACGACAAGUACUGGUGGUUCGACGGCAUUGGCGCUCAAGAUCUCGGUAUGCCCGGUCGGGUCCAUUACGGCGCUGGAAGGCUGUUCGUGCAGGGAUGCAGCGAUGAAGAUUGGAGAGCCAUGUGUGAGGGAAGGAAGGAGAAGAACGUCAUCAAGAGGAGGGAGAUUGAACAUGGUGACGUGGUGCUCGAGAAGGAGCAAUGGGCCGUGUAUGAUCAGCCAGACCAGAUCGACCAACUCAUCGCCUGGCUGCGCAACAAGGGCAACCGUGAAUACGCCUUGAAGCGCUCCUUGGGAACCUUUCGCAACUAUCUCCAACCAGGAAUGCAAAGGCGUCUCGACGACCUUGCCGGCGCCUGGAAACACGAUGGUUCUCACGGCCAUGGUGGUGCAGGCGCUGGUAAUGCUCAGUAUGAGACCAGGAGGAGUUCGAGAAAGACGGGAAGCGGGACGACAGGUUCGGCAGAGACGUUGCCGGAACACAAGUAUCUGACUUGGAGUAAUACACUUGCUAGCAAGUAGAUCAAGUAGGUCAGGCAAGCAGGCAGGCAGGGCUUACAAAAAGGCUACAGCGGCAUGGAAAAGUGGAAAGUGGAAACUUUGAAGGGAAAAGAAGAGAGAGACGUGCGCGGGGCAUAGUCCAACCCUGCCUAUUUGUACUGUAUAUAUAGAUAGUCAUACACUGUAUCGUCCAAUUGUGUCAAUUCGUAGACGUCAGUCAGCAGUCAGCAGUCAGCAGUC